AGCAUAUUCCAUAUACAUAUUAUACGUCGCCAUAGGAGCAGCGCAGUACUUUACCCUCGGACUGAUUGCAGCAUUACGCGCGCUGGCCAUCGACAGUCGAGAGUGGCGGAUCCCUUUGGUCAUUGUGUCGCUCUCUCUUCUAGGGCCGGCCACGGAUAUCAUGCAUUGUAUUCGAACGGUAGACUGCUUUCCCCCCUUCGUAACGCUGCCCACCUCACGACCACAACUUCCGCUCAGUAUCGUAUACCCCUCCCGCCUCCUGUCGGCUGCUCCAUACUACUCAGCGAUCCGAAGCUCGCCAAUAGACGUAGGCCUGCUUUCCCGAUGCGUCUGUACGCAUCCGGCUGACUAUGCGCGUGCAGUGCAAGUUGCAACUCGGGCUUGUAACGCUCUUGCGGAUGUUCUGGUGCUGAUCACGACCUGGCGAGUCACUUACAGAGUGGCUAAGCUCAGUCGUUCAAUGUCUGUGGAGCCGUCCCUCAGUAAACUGAUUCUCAGAGAUGGGAGCGUCUACUUCGCUGUACUCUUUGUCCUCAACGUACUCAACACCACCUUAUGGGUCGUCGAUAUAUAUAAAAAUGUGACCGUAUUUUCAAACGUGUUGUCGGUCAUUCUUCUCUCCCACUUGUUCAUCAACCUACGGACGACCGCCCUCAAUCACGACAGCAGCCUAUCCGGGCAAUCAUCUGUUAUGUCCGACGUCCGCUUUUCGGGUGUUCUUGGUGGCAUGGGCUCCGCGGUAGCAGGAAGUUUCGCUCUGUCCAGCGAGCAUCAAGACGGUGAAGACUACGAGGAGGGUGAACUUGAAGCUUAUGAGCCUGAAGAUGGGAAUGACAUCAUCGACAUCAUAUCCGGCGAUGAAGCUGCUCGUAUGCUCACAGCUGCGGUCGCCGACCCUGAUGAACCUGCUAUCUCCCCAUCAAACGCUGCAGAGGAUAUGAUAUCGCAGGUCCGUAGGAGCUUUGGUACCAGAUACGAGCCGCGUGCUUAACACGACUCUCACAGGUCCCUGGGGUAUGACGCUCUCGAGCUCAGGGCAUAGGUUUCGAAUUCCGCAUGAGCAUGGAGAACUGUGUGUCGAUGUUGGUGUUCAUUAUACGAUGACAUGACCGCCUUAUUCAGUCAUACAUGCGCGCGUACAAAGAAUUAUAGCGCGGCGGUGAGCAUUAUUCCAUGC